AUGGAAAAAGUCAAGUCUUACUUCUUAGUCUGUAAACCCACAGUUGAUAUAUUUGAUAUAACUGCCAAAACAGUAAAGCUGGACGCUGUAGCUGCUGGGGAUGAAACCACACCGUUGAAGCUUGAAAAACCAGAAAUGGGGAAGACGGGCAAGAACAUACCACCUCUAGACGAGAGGCCUCACUUCUGUAAGAUCAUGUUUCCGGGAUUUUACACAAGACCAUUGCGGAUUCCACCAGAAUUCUUGGAGAACAUUUCGACAGAAGCAUAUAAAUUUGCCACCCUAAAGGAUUCUAAUGGCAAUCACUGGCGAGUCAAAUUAAACAAAACUACUAGUGGCACAUAUAUAGAGGAUGGUUGGCAAGAUUUUAUAAGAGAUCACUCCAUCUAUGACGAUAAUUUUCUUGUCUUUGGAUAUGAUGGAAAUACUUGUUUUGAUGUACAAAUUUUUGAUGAGAGUGGAUGUAACAGAGAUUAUCUGUUUAGUACUAAACAUCAAGAGCCUGACUUCUCCAAUGGAGCUAAGGAAUGUGACAAAUCAUCAGAGACUUCUAGGGAUUCUGUUGAAAAAGCCAGUAAAGAUGAUCCAGGGAAAUGCCUUCCAAGUUCUAAACCAAAGGGGCUUAGAAAGGCUAAAGGCAAGGAUGCUGUUCUGACCCCUGAACAAAUUCCAAAAACUAUAUGGUCCUCAUCAAGAAGGCGGCCUACAACUGAAGAAGAAAAGGCAAAAGUUUUGGAAGAAGUAGAGUCUUUUACUUCCAAAUUUCCUUUUUUAUUGAGGUGUUUAACGGCAACAAAUGUGCACAAAUCUUUGCUGGGAAUCCCAAUGGACUUUGCCAGAAAACAUUUUCAUUUUCAGAAGAAAACAAUGGUUACCCUUUGGAACAAAAAAGGCCAAGCUUGGAAAGUAAACAUGCUCUAUACCUCGUCGAGGAUUGCCCUGUGUGGAGGCUGGGGAGCAUUUGUAUAUGCUAAUCAACUUGAAGAAGGAGAUAUCUGCAUUUUUGAGCUUGUGGGUAAGCUUGAAAUGCAGGUCCAUAUUUUCCCAGCAGUUAAGAAAGUGAAAUUUGUGACUGAAGGACAAAUUUGAAAUCUCCUAUCAGGAUGGGGGAUUAUCCCGUUAUCUCCUAGUCCAUAUGCAUUGAGACAA